AUGUGUGACACUAAAACCAGAGUAGACGGAAAAACAGUUAUUAUUACUGGCGGUAGCUCUGGAAUUGGAUUUGAGGCUGCUAAAAGCCUAGCCUAUAGUGGAGCUAAAGUCAUCAUCGCCAGUCGAAACGAAACAAAACUCAUUAGAGCUAGAGAUCGGAUACAACAAGUGACGAAAAACCCGAACGUUACAUACAAACAACUCGAUUUAGCAUCUUUUAAAUCCGUGAGAAGUUUCGCCGACGAAAUACAAGCCGAAGAAAGACUAGACGUCUUAAUAAACAACGCUGGUGCCAUUGGAUUAUCCGAUCGCCUGACCGAAGAUGGACUCAAUCUAACUAUGCAAGUGAACUACUUUGGUGCUUUUUUACUAACAUAUCUCUUACUACCGUUGUUAAAAUCAUCAGCGCCUAGUCGUAUCAUUAAUAGUUCAGCAUCUUCUAUGUACAUUGGACAUCUGGAUUACGAGCACUGGAAUGACGUAGGAAGGUAUAAUUCAGUGGAAGUUUUGGCAAAUUCGAAACUCGCUGUUGCUUUAUUUUCCGCCGAACUAGACAACAUCCUAAAAGAUACCGGCAUUACUUCCAAUACCUUUGAUCCGUUUGUCGUUCGCGACACGAAUAUCUUAGAUAACCUAACGGAUUUGGGCCGGAAUUUGACAAAAUUGUUCGUGGACAUGGUGGGACAACCCAAAGAGGAUGUUGGUGAAGAAAUAUUAUACUUAGCAGCUAGUCCCGAGAUGCACAACGUUAGUGGAGUUCAUUAUAAAUUUUGUCGAAAAUGGAUAAAUCAUUGGUUAGUGAGUGACCGAGAAGUAACAAGUGAAUUAUGGUUGGAGACAAAGAAACUUUUGAACAUUACUUCAAAAGCAGAGUGGGAGAGCAAUUAA